CAUAAUUUGAUUCGAGUUUUUGCUUAUUCAUGUUACCUCUGAUACAUUUAUUUUUGUUAGUUUAGUGAUUGAUCAUGUGCUAUUUUAUUUUUUUCGAUUUUUUUAAUACUAUCGCUUGUGUGUAGAAUCAAUCUAACCCAGUAGGUACUAGUAGGCCUCGCAUGAUUUGAUUUGACGUAGCUCUUAGGAAUCGAAUGGUUUGUGGUCUUGUGUAUGUUGGAUUUUCCUAAUUAAUAUCUGGACUUCGCUUAACUAUGAUGUUUGUUGCGUUUCUAGGCAUAAAUCAUAAAUAAGUCUUAUGAUCUUUUCGUGGGUUUGAGAUGGAUGAUGCUGAUGAGGAGGAAGAGCUAUAUGAUCUUUCUCUCUCUUCUUGAAUUAAAGAGAAAUUAGAUUAAUUGUGUUGAUAAUGGUGAUCAGAGAGGAGAUGGGUAUGAAGCCUAUUCUACUGAAUUUUGGUUUGGCUUUGGCUAUUUCAUUUGCUGGAUUUCUCUACUCACGCCUCAGAACUAGUAAAACCAAGCCCUCCACUGAUUCACACACAGGAUCUCCUUCAGAUCAUGGGAAUGAAGUUAAUUUAGGAGGAGGUACAGGAGAAGCAUUAAAUACUUGCAACACUGUUUCAGAAGGAAAUUUUCUAUAUGCUGAAGAAACAUGCAUCGACAGGGCGAUAAGUGACAAUUUUCCUACUGGUCUCUCUCCUAGCAGUAAGCAAAAUGAAGAGAAAGAUGAGUUCCUCCUACCUGAAUUUAAUGAUAUUGUUAAGGAAGUAGACUUGGGAGCCACCAUUGUCGGAAAUUUUUUUAAGAAAGAUUUAGAAGCACCAAGGUUAAAAGUAGGAUCUUCUAUAUCAUGCGCAGAUCCUGAGAAGGAUGACCAUGAGCAAGAGAUAAGGCAACUCAGGAACAUGAUUAGAAUGCUUCAAGACAGGGAACAAAGUCUUGAGGUUCAAUUGCUUGAGUACUAUGGUCUAAGAGAGGAAGAAACAGCAGUGAUGGAGCUCCAAAAUAGAUUGAAGAUAAGUAAUAUGGAGGCGAAAAUGUUCAAUCUGAAGGUUAAGACCUUACAGUCUGAGAAUUUGAGAUUAGAGAAAGAGGUUGCUGAUCAUGCAAAAGUGCUGGCUGAGCUUGAGGCUGCAGAAGCUAAAGUAAAACUGCUCAAGAGGAAAAUAAGGUAUGAAGCUGAACGGAAUAGGGAGAAGAUCAUAACUCUUCAACAAAGAGUUUCCAAGUUGCAAGACCAAGAAUGCAAAGAUGUUGCUUCUGAUCAAGAUAUUCAAAUAAAGCUGCAAAAGCUAAAGGGUCUAGAGUCUGAAGCAGAAGAGUUGAGGAAAUCUAACUUAAAAUUGCAGAUAGAAAACUCUGACUUAGCUCGAAGAUUGGAUUCUACCCAGAUGCUUGCAAAUGCUGUUCUGGGAGACACAGAUGUGGCAGAUGCUAUGAAGCAAGAAAAUGAGCGUCUUAGACAAGAUAACGAGGCCUUGAUGAAGAAAAUUGAGCAACUACAAUGUGAUAGAUGUUCAGAUCUUGAAGAAUUAGUGUAUAUGCGGUGGAUUAAUGCUUGUUUACGAUAUGAACUACGGAAUUAUCAGCCCCCACUGGGUAAAACAGUUGCAAAGGACUUAAGUAAAAGCUUAAGCCCUACUUCUGAGAAGAAAGCCAAGCAGCUUAUACUUGAAUAUGCAAAUACUGAUGAACAAGGUAGCAUAGUGGACUUUGAUUUAGACCAGUGGUCCUCCUCCCAGGCUUCUUUUCUUACUGACUCUGGAGAUUGUGAUGUUUUUUCUUCUGUUGAUAAUUCAUCUGCUGCAAGGACUAACGCCACAAGCCAGACCAAAAUUUUUAGCAAGCUUAGGAGACUGAUACUUGGCAAAGAUAGUCAUUAUCACCAUAGUGAGGUUUCAUUGCAUGAAAAAUCUGGAUAUCAACAAGAUGGCAAUUCUCCAGGGCUGAGUACAUCACCUAGAACUUCCACUUUCACAUCUAGAACUUCCUUUGAUUUCUCCAGGUUGACGAGUAUGAAGGAAGGAGAUACCACUGAUUCCUUAGCCAUAGAGAAAUCUAAUUUGGAGAAAUAUGCAGAAGCUUUAAAAGAUUCUAGUGCGAGUGCUAAACAUCAAAGACGUAGAAGAUCAGCAUCAUAUAGUUAGUUUGUUUUAGCUUAUUUUCAGUAUGCAGAAGUUAUACCUCUUUGACUGUGAAUGUUAUGUAUUAGAAAUUUAGGCUGUACAGUAUACAAAGUAUAUUAGCCGUUAGGACCAGUUCAGACACCAACCAUAUAACAAGUAAGAAUGCGUUUUUAAUCAUUGGCAAGCAUUCAUUGAUAGUAUUUUAGUUCAGAUUAUCACAGCAUUUCUAACUUGGAAAAUGAUAUUUGUCUCAAAAAUUUUACAAUU